UGUAAUACAAACGUUCCACGAGGUUAAGAUAAAAUACCUAUUCGAAAGAUAUUGGGGAAUACAUACUCAUAUAUCCUACGGCGAAAACUAUAUUUUUAACAUUAAAAAUUGUUCCAAAAUCGACAGAAAAAGUUCUUACAAAAAACUGUACUUAAAAUAUCAUCAUUGCCGAACACCCCUUUUUAUUUCGUUUAGGUCUGCUUUAGUGAAAACUCUGUGUAAGUAUAAUAUUUUGUAGCCGUUAUACAUAGCGGAGUAAAAACGUUAUUUUGUAGUUUCAUAAAUUAUUUUUGAAUAUAAAGAAUAAUUUCUUUCUUAAAAAUGCGUCGAUCAACACGCCUAAUUAAGAAAAAUUAUGUUGCAGAUAAAUUUAUUUGCACUGAGGAUAAUACGUCGCUUUCUCAAAAAACGCCCGUGGCCAUUCAAAUACAAAAAGGAAGUACAGAUAACGGAAGUAUGAAAAAUGAAGAAGACUUACUUCAGUUCCCUCAAGAAGAACUUAUGUGCAAGUCCGAUAUUGCAACCAAUAGUUCAAAACUUAAAAUUGAGGAGAAUGAGGAAGGAAUUCAAAAGUUUAGUAACGGUGGGGAUGAAAAUACUUUAAUAUCAAAACAGUCGAGUCUAAAGCGAGGACUCUCAGUAUUUGCUGGAAGAGGAAGAAAAAGGUGUGUUGGUCGACCGAAAACUGCUCAGCAAUAUAAAAGAAGUCGCUCGGCUGUUGUACGUAACAGUAAAGCAAGGGCUUCUACCAUACCAAUUGACAAUUAUUUGAACCCCUUAAGAAAGCCAUUAAUUCAAAAUGAAUCAAGCACUCAGCCAUUACUAAAUGAUGACAUCUAUUGUUACAAUCCAAAUAUUCAAAGAAUGAAUAUUCAAUCAAACACAUAUUCUCUAUUACCUCCAUUGUAUCCCACCCAUUUUUCCCAUCAAAACAAUUCAGACAUACUAAUUAAUCCACCACCAAAAUUGAAGUCUGUCUCGACGAGAGAGGUGAGCGUACAACCAAAAAGUCAAUUUCAGACACCAGAUAUAACACAAUCUCUCGAUUUUGAUUCAUCAACAUCAACGCUUUCCUUGCCAGACUCGGUACGAGAAGUAUUCGGUUGCUAUGAUAUACGCGACAUUUUAAAACUAGAUAAAAUUGUUUAUCGUAUGCGACUUGUACACUUACAAACCUUGGCAUUUGUAUUAAAUAUUGAAUACGAUUAUUUGCAUAAUUUGAUCCAGAAGAUAAUGAAAUUGGAUACAGAAACUUUAAGAAAAGUAAUUCUUGCUUUUCAACCUGAAGCAGAGCUUGUAAAUCUAGUUGAGAAUAGUGAAGAAUAACAAAUAAAAUGAAAAAUAAUCACUAAGAAAAUAUGUCAUCAUCCAUUCAGUUCCUACGUUGCUUUUCUCUAUAUGAAUUUUGAUGAAUUAAUGCUACAAAUAAAAUCUAAUAUUCUAUCUAUCUAUAUACAUAUGUAUGUAUAUAAUUUAGCAUAG